GAACCCUUUUGGUGCCAACCUGUCUGACACAUUCCCUCGUCUUAUGAUACAAACCACUUCUUUUAAAGUGAUCUAAAUUUAAACCUUACAUCAUUAAUCUCAUGUUAAUUUAUGUUAAUUUAUGCUCCAAAUACCAACUUAAUAAUGUAAUUGUUUUUCAAAUUAAUUGAAUAAAAAAAGGCAGCAUAUUUCAACAGAAAUAUGUAACAAAAAUGGUUAAGUGAGGAGUAUUGAAUGUUCCAAGUAUCAUAUUUCUAUAUUGCAAUGAUAAUAUAUGCGUGUGCUCUUUCAUAAUUCUGUCUGCUAGUACCAUUCGUUUCUGUGUGCCAUAUUUGGGAAUCUUUCAAAAAGUGAAGCAUUUACAUUUAGUAUAAACCCACUCAUUGUAAAGUUUAGGGAGUAAAUGUAGGGACCAAAUAUAGAGCUUGACUCUUUAAGACUGUGCUUGUUGUCAGUCUCUUUGGUCAAGCAACAUUAGUGGCCAGGAUCUCUUGGACGAUGUCAAUGGUUCCCAAACUUUGUCACAAUUCAUUUUGGUAAAUUCAUUAUCCACCCACAUUUUUUUCCCAAUUUAAAUUUUAAAAAAAACCAGUUUGAUGAACUUCGCAGUCAAUACUUGUUUUGAGAAGGAACUAUUCCUAUUCUUAUUUGGGGUUGAAUUGUAGCCCUUAUGCUUCCUGUAGUCUGUUGUACAUCUCUCCCUCUUUAUCAUGAUGAAGUUGAUUGUAAAAGAAUACAGUGAUAAAUGAAUCGUCUCCAUGCACUUUGCAAAUGAAACAAAUAGAUUUGUUGACACCAGACUUGUAAUUCACAACAACAGAACUUUCACCAUUAAGUACCUCUCUGAUCUUUUGCUGAAAGGAAGACACUCAUCUGCUUUCUUUGAUCAGACCCCGUUGUGUAUUUUUGUUUCUUUUCGCUGGUCCCAUGUUAAUGGGUAUGAGUAUGUAAAUCUAUGUAAGAAAUAUGCAGCCUUGCAACACAGCCAUGUAAAAAGAAGCAAUAGCCAGUGCAUUCUGGGUAGCUGAACGUCGUGGGUAGUUACUGGGCUGUAUUUUUGCAGUACAAACAGAAUCUUUGACUGGUCAUCGACUGGUGCUGUCACAGGUCAAUUUGUGAUGAGUGUAACUUGAUUCACACUUGAGUGUAUCAUGUUAUCCCAGAUCAGUGAUAAUUGAGGCUACAUGUACAAUCUAUUAAUAAAGUUUUAUGUUCUCUCAAAUA